AGAAACUACUGUAGAAAAACUCAAUAUACACUGGAAAACCCCCAACAAUGUGGGUAUAAAUAGUGUGGCUGAUCAUUAUUUUAUUUGAAAUUUACUGAAUCUUCUGUUCGGCUAAGAAAAUAAAGGUUCAGAAUGCCUGGGAAAACUCUUCAACUAUUUCUGAAGGGAAUUGAAGGGAAAACAACUAUCGUUCGCAUAAACGAGGAUGCAACUAUAGCUGACCUACGGAAGCAAGUUUCUGACAUUACCCACAUUAAAGAUGAUGACCUCCGUGUACUCUACUGCAGCAAGGAGCUAAGAGCGAAAGAUGAAUCAGGAGCUACGCAGACGCUAGAAGAUUACAACAUCGGAGAUCAGGCUAAUUUGUUCGUUGUUCUUCGUCUUCUUGGUGGUUCUCAGACAGAAAAUGAAGGACAACCGAAGAUGUACGACUCGGAGGUACAACUUACUGAUAAACCUGAUAUGUUUACAAUGGACGAUGAAGAGGGUGGUCAGCGAGCGGAAAUGCCAUGCAGACAUGCUAUCAGUCCUGAGUCUCUCACAGCUUUUUGUCGCAGUCUUUUAACAGCUGGUAAAUUCGAAUUUCGAUGUCCCUAUAAGGCAUCAACAGACGCGCCAUUCUGCGAUCAGAUAUGGGAAUUCUUUACGGUGAAAAGGCUUGCUGUGCUUACCAGUGAAGAGAUGAAAGAAUUCGAGACGAAGGUUACUGAAAACUAUUUGAGAAAAGCAGUGGGUAUUCAAGAAUGUCCAAAAUGUGAGUCCUUUUGUGAGAGGAGGAACAAGGCGGAUCAACGUGUUAUUUGUCCAAUAUGCACGCGGAAAAAGGGGAAAUUGUAUGAAUUCUGCUGGUUCUGUCUGCGAUCAUGGUUAACAAGCGACACAAAAGAUUGUGGAAACUUUGGAUGCACGGGCAAAGAUCCGCGUCUGCGCAUUAUUGAAAAUUGUCCUAAGAAAAUGGUUGUCGAGGUCCCAAACUGCCCGGCUAUACGUGCCUGUCCGACAUGCGGUCUACUUAUUGAGCAUAAAGAGCAGUGCAAACAAAUGCAGUGCCCAUGUGGUCAGAAGUUUUGUUUUAUCUGUCUGAAAAAGGCCAACACGGCAGGAAGAUAUCAGUGCGGGGCCUGGAAUUUCAAGUGUACAGUGGCGCCUGUUCAAACCGCUAUUCCCGGAAAUUAACAGUGAAGCAGUUGCAAGUACAUUUCAAAAAGUAGUUUAUUUAAAAAGCGAAUGACUUUAAUUUCCUCAGAACUACACGAGUAUGUUCAUAUAGAAAACAUGUAUAAUUACAUGUUCUGUUGUACUUGUUCUAUUUGUUACUUCGUUCGUUAACGGUUGUUUUAACUUUUUUUAUGUAAUUUGACUUUUGCUUUGGUAAUUUUGCUCGUUUUCUUUUUAAAAGCUUUAAGUGUAAAAUAUGCUUGUUUUAAAAUAAAUUUGAAUGUUGAAAAUUUGCGUUUGAAUGAUUUUUGGUCGUGUGUUGGCCCUUUAAUAAGAAGGUGUUAUUUUGAGGUGUUGCCAGCUACACAGAAGUUUGCCCCGUUUACUCCAUAGAAACUAUUGUUGCAAUUUCAUUCAAACUUUACAGGAAUGACAAGUACCAAGUCUAGUUGGUUUUUUUUAGUUUGUCCGCAUCACUUCUCUUAUAUCAGGAUUGAUCGGUACGUCAAGUACUUGCUCAUUACCGUGUUAAUGAUUUUUGUGUCUACUGCUACACUGUAGAGCUCUGCAACAUGCAAUUGGCUAUCAAGAGGCGACACAUAUGAUCACUUAUUCAUAACAAUAACACAUAUAUCCCAGGGUAAUAUGCAUACUAGUAACCCGAUAACUGAAAUAACUCCCGAGGCGGAUAUGUACUUCAAACAUGAGAGACAUGUGAUAUCCGAACCAAUAUUUUAAUAUAGUAAGAGUGCGGUCAGGGGAGAUGACUAGAACAUUACGUUUUCUUAAGACUACAUAGAUUACUCGCCCCUGGAGAAUAUGGAAUAACACCAUGUGACUUAACAUUAGGCUAACAGUAAAAAGCUUACGUGAGGUAUAAUAAGUGUAUUAAUCUGUCAAAAAAUAAUAGUAAUUUGUAAAAAACAACAACAAAAAUAUCUCCUAAUUUAAGUUUGCAAAUUUGAAAAAUAACGUAUUUAUUUAUUUAUCUUUAACUGUUAUAAUGUCUGUCAGAAUUCAUAACUAAAUAAAUUUUGUGCUCUUCUGUA